AUGCAGCCACGGUGGCAGUGGUUUCUCCGUCAGACACGUUGGCCUUUCCGAUUCGCUCCACAACAGAUUGUUGAUGUGUCUGUGCACGAGAAUCGGAUCCCGCCAUGGCGAGCGAGUGUCGGACGUCUGCUUUUGGAUGUCUGCAAUUUUUGUGAAAGAAAUCGCCAAAUGCGAAAUCUCAUUCUUCUCGAUCCCAUGGCGCUGUCACCGCUUUCGCCACUGCUAAAUCUGAUGCGGCACUCAAUGGAACCAAAUGCCCACCUGAUUGGUGUUCUGUGGAUGACCCCAGUUGAUGCUCUUUCUCCCUUUUACCACGUGCCCAUUCCACGACAAGAGGUGGAUGAUGAGGCAGAGGUGGAGCGCCCAUACCCGCGACCACUUCAUCUGCGACUGCUCACUCUGACAGCCUUUCUGUCCAAUUGGCUUGCCUGGUUCUCUCGAAUUGAGACCCAUUCUUCACUGGGUGUAUCUCGUUUUCCGCCAGCAGCUGUGUCCGACCCAGUGGCAGGAUGCGUGUUGCGACCAUACACUUUGGGUUGCGGUCAAUCUCCCCUUCUCGAUCUGUGGCCUCUUUGGUUGGCUCGACGACUGCUACUCCUGCCCUUCCAUCUACCUCGACUGUUUGGCAGGCACCUCUCGCGACACUUCUUUCCCUUCACUGACGUGGACGAAAUAUGA